AUGUCUUGCUUUGUACCAGUGAAGUUUGAGCGUUUGCCAGAAUUAGCUAAACCAACUCAUUAUGCCCUAACACUGUCACCGGAUCUUAAAAAUUUCACUUUCCAAGGGCAGGAAACGACUGAUAUCGAGAUUUUAAAAGGCACGGAUCACUUGAAAUUGCACUCAAGUGAGAUCGAUAUCAAAAGAGCUCAGCUUACAUUGAGUGACGGAUCAGUAUUGCAAGAUCUCGGUAUAGAAUAUAAUAAAAAAUGGACAACUGUAACUCUGAAAUUGCCCAAGCACAUUUCUCCUCAAAAAGCGAAAAUUUCUUUGGAUUUUGUGGGUGAACUGAAUGAAAAGAUGCGAGGCUUCUACCGAUCGAAAUACAAAGAUAUCGAUGGAAAAGAAUGUUAUUUAGCUUCUACACAAUUUGAAAGCACAUACGCUAGGCUUGCAUUUCCUUGUUGGGACGAACCUAUUUACAAAGCAAAGUUCGACAUUACACUUAUAGUGGAUGAAGAGCUUACAGCACUUUCGAAUAUGAAUGUGAUAAGUGAAACAAAGGUAGACGAUAAAAAGAUUGUAAAAUUUGCGACUACGCCGCUAAUGUCAACAUAUCUUGUUGCAUUUGCUGUUGGUCAUCUGGAAUAUAUUGAGGGUAAAACAAAUGGAGGUUGCUUGGUGCGGGUAUAUAAUACCGCAGGGGGUAAGAAGAAUCAGGGGAAGUUUUCAUUGGAAGUUGCAAUAAAAGCGCUUGAUUGGUACAGUAACUGGUUUGGUAUCGAUUAUCCGUUACCCAAAUGUGAUCUCAUAGCUGUUCCCGAUUUCAGCAUGGGUGCCAUGGAAAACUGGGGAUUGGUAAUGUAUCGAGAAGUAACACUGCUAGUUGAUCCUUCCAAAUCUUCCACAAGACAAAAAUCUCGUGUCGCACUUGUUGUAGGUCAUGAGCUUGCUCAUCUUUGGUUUGGUGAUCUUGUGACAAUGAAAUGGUGGACCGAUUUGUGGUUAAAAGAAGGCUUUGCUUCUUUUAUGGAGUACAUGUUCGUUGGUGUUAAUUACCCGGAGUUUAAAAUAUGGCUUCAUUUUCUUGAUGAUGAACUUGCAUCAGGCUUUGAUUUAGAUGCUUUGCGAAGCUCUCAUCCGAUCGAGGUUGAAAUAGAUAAUCCUAAUGAAAUGGAUGAAAUCUAUGAUAGCAUAACAUAUGCAAAAUCAAAUUCGAUUAUCCGAAUGCUAUGCAAUUAUUUGGGUGAAGAAACAUUCCAAAAAGGGUUGCAGAUAUAUCUCAAGAGAUUCCAGUACAGCAAUGCAGUCACUGUUGAUUUGUGGAAUGCACUGAGUGAAGCUUCUGGUCAGGACAUUGAAACACUAAUGUCAACUUGGACAAAGCAGAUGGGGUAUCCUCUUGUUAUUGUUAGUCAAAAAAUUGAUGGGAAUAAACGAAUCCUAAAGAUGAGUCAAGAACGAUUUCUUGCUGAUGGCACUAAUGAUGAAAAGAAUUCAUUAUGGGAGAUUCCAAUCACGAUCUCCGUAUCAUCUGAACCAAAAAAAAUAAAAGAAAGAAUUCUGCUGAAAGAAUUUGAGCAAGAUGUUACGAUUAACGAUGUAGAUCCUAAAGACUGGAUUAAGAUAAAUGUCGCAACUACGGGUUUUUAUCGUGUUUUAUAUUCACAUGAUAUGCUACAAGCACUUUUGUCUGAUUUUUCAACUAAAAAGAUCCCCGUACUUGACCGAUUUGGCAUUGCAAAUGAUAUGUUUGCACUGGUGAAGUCUGGACGAGAAUCAGCAAAACAGUUUUUGUCACUACUUGAGUCAUCUUCAAAUGAAGAUAACUACACAGUGUGGAGUACUCUCGAUUCAGACAUUUCCGCGCUGUCAAAUGUAUUGUCACAUUAUGAUCCCAUUAUGCGUUCGAAAUUUAAUAAAUUCAUUAUUAAAGUCUUGACCCCAGUGGCAGAUCGACUUGGAUGGGAAGCUAAACCAAAUGAAGAUUCUCAAAUAGCAUUACUGCGAGCGCUAAUUCUUGGUCGAUUGGGUCGUUGUGACCAUGAGGAAACUAUUAAAAUAGCUAGACAGAAGUUUCUAGAACAUAUCAGAAAUAAAACUGAGCUUCAUCCGGAUUUGCGUCUUAUGAUAUAUGGAAUAAUGGGAAGACAUUAUGGAAAAGAGGGAUUUCAAGAAUUGAAAGAGAUUUAUGAAACCGCAGGAUUCAGUGAAGUAGAGCGGAAUUGUAUUGUAGCAAUGCCGCAAACAUCCGAUAUGGAAUUGUUGAAGGAAGUUUUCGAGUAUGGCAUUAAAAAUGGCAAAGUUCGUUCGCAGGACAUCGUUUUUCUCUUUUAUGGUGCGUGUGUGAAUAAAUCCGGGCAAGAUUUUGUGUGGAAAUAUUUCAAAGUGAAUAUUUUUGAUUUUUGGAAACCAGUUCAGGAUUCUAUCAAACUACUACUACAAAAAUUUGGUGGAGCAAACAGUUUGCUUUUCCAGCACUGUUUUAGAACAAGUACUGACUGUCAGUGCUCUAGUAUAAUGGUAAAAGAAGUUGAGGACUUUGUUUGCUCGUGUCUGGGAGCAGAUGAAGUUCGAACGCUUAAUCGGACCACGCAGCAAAUAAUUGAAUCAAUUCGUUUGAAUGAGCAGCUGUUGAAGCGCAACGCGGACGAUAUCGGUGAAUACCUAACUGCUAGAGGUUUCUAA